UUUCCUCCAGAUGUGCUAAUCAGUGGCAGUGAACACUGCAGAAGAGAAGAGCAGAGAGCAGCGAGAGCUUACCUGUCAGAUUCUGUCAUUUACUGACAUGACAGUAAGGUUUUAAAUGCUUGCAGCUGAGCUUUGAGGUUUGCCCUUGGCCUUGUCUUUUUGUUCCCAAGUUCCUGGAGAAUGUGAAUUACAGCUCACAGGUGUACUGGCACCUUGUCACCCGGACUGCCUAGAGUGUAGUGUUUUGACAGUUUAAUUUUUAUCCGCCUCUUCACAUUUGUUGCUUCAUUAUAGCAUUGUCCCUGAUUAAGGAGACUUGCGGCAGGUUGGCAGGCUGGGCAGUGGGAACUUCAGAGGCUGCUCCUGCUGCUGUUAUCUUCAGCUGCAGUUUCCAGGCUUUCAAGAAACAGACCUGUCAUGCAUCAGCUGCCAAGUUAGGAGCCUAAUACUGAACUGCGAGUGAGUAAGUGUGCCCAAAAUCUACAAUGACAGCCAUGAAGGAGCAGCCUAACAUGGGGAGGGGAAGCCAACAGCAACAAGACCAGGAGAUAGGAGGUGCAAGCCCUCCCCAAAGAAACUGGAAGGGAAUUGCGAUUGCAUUGCUUGUGAUCCUUGCUGUGUGCUCUCUCAUCACCAUCUCAGUCAUCCUCCUAACUCCAGAUGAUACGUCAAAAACAGCAGAUGCUCGACUAACCUUGGAUGACCUGUUCAAAAUCGACUUCAAAAUACAUGACCCAGAAGUGAAAUGGAUCAAAGAUGCAGAAGUGGUAUAUCGGACCAGAGAUGGGCAUGUGAUCAAACUGAAUAUAGUUACAAAUGAAAGUACUGUGUUGCUGGAAAACAGCACUUUUGUGGUUUUUAAAGCAACAAAAUACUCUGUCUCUCCAGAUCUCAGAUUUGUCCUUCUUGCAUAUGACGUCAAACAGGUCUAUCAUUACUCUUACACAGCAUCAUAUAUUAUUUAUGAUAUACAUACCAGGGAAGUGAGGGAACUGAAUCCCCCAGAGGUGGCAAAUUCUGUAUUACAGUAUGCAGCAUGGGGCAUAGCAGGACAGCAACUGGUCUAUAUCUUUGAAAAUAACAUUUACUACCAGACUGAAGUAAAGAGCAGUGCCCUGCGCCUUACCUCAUCGGGAAAAGAGGGGAUAAUCUACAACGGCAUAGCAGAUUGGUUAUAUGAAGAAGAACUGAUGCAUUCCCAUGUUACCCACUGGUGGUCGCCAAAUGGAGAACAACUGGCAUUUCUGAUGAUAAAUGACACUUUGGUACCAAACAUGGCAAUCCCACGAUUUACUGGUAAUCUGUACCCCAAAGGAAAACAAUACCCUUAUCCUAAGGCAGGACAAGUCAAUCCAAUCGUCAAGCUGUUUGUUGUGAACCUUUAUGGACCAACUCACACCCUUGAAUUGAUGCCACCAGAAAAUUUCAAGUCCAAGGAAUAUUACAUCACAAUGGUAAAGUGGGUCAGCAAUACAAAGACAGUUGUAAACUGGCUGAACAGACCUCAAAAUAUCUCCAUUCUUACUACAUGUGAAAUUACAACUGGGGCUUGUUCUAAGAAACAUGAAACAGUGUCUGAACUCUGGCUUUCUAAACAGAAUGAGGAACCAGUGUUCUCGAAGGAUGGCAGCAAGUUUUUUAUGACUGUGCCUGUAAAACAAGGUGGUCGUGGAGAAUUUCAUCAUAUUGCUAUGUUCACUCUUCAGCCUAAGAGUGAACUGAGCAGCGUGCGUCACCUGACAUCAGGAAAUUGGGAAGUCACACAAAUCCUUGGAUAUGAUGAAGUUCAUCAGAAGAUAUAUUUUCUAAGUACAGAAGAUUCAACAAGAGGAAGACAUUUGUACAGUGUACACACUGUUGGAUCAUUUCAUCGCCAGUGUCUUUCCUGCACUUUCCACAAAGAUAACUGCACUUACUUCAGUGCCCACUUCAGCCCCAGUAAUGAACACUUCAUACUGCGCUGUGAAGGUCCCAAUAUACCAAUGGUCUCUGUCCAUAGCACAAGCAAUCCAAACAACUCCUACAUACUGGAAGAUAAUGCUGUUCUGCAUGAAUGUAUCAAAGAAAAAAGAAUCCACAAACCAGAAUACAGGACAGUUCAUAUUGCUGAUUAUGAGCUUACUCUGCAGUUGUUGUAUCCUGAGGGCUUUGAUGAAAACAAUCAAUACCCUGUUCUGCUGGUCGUUGACGGAGCCCCAGGGAGCCAGUUGGUUACUGAUAAGUUUCGGAUUGACUGGGAUUCAGUACUUGUCAGCUCUGACAAUGUCAUCGUUGCUCGCUUUGACGGCCGGGGCAGUGGUUUCCAAGGGCUUAAAAUUCUGCAGGAUAUACAUCGAAGGUUGGGCACAGUGGAAAUCAAAGACCAAAUUACAGCAGUACAAUCAUUAUUGAAAUUACCAUUUAUUGACCCAAACAGAAUAGGUGUUUAUGGCCAGGCAUAUGGAGGCUAUGUCACUUCCAUGAUUCUUAGUUCCACUGACAGAAUCUUCAAAUGUGGAGUUGCAGUAGCACCAAUUACCGACUGGAAGUUAUAUGCUUCAGCAUUUACUGAACGAUAUCUUGGAUUACCAUCACGAGACGAAAUCAUUUAUCAAGAAUCUAGUGUGUUACAAAAUGUUAAUGAAAUCAAAGAUGAGAGUUUCAUGAUUGUACACGGCACUGCUGAUGCAAAUGUACAUUUUCAGCACACAGCAGAGCUGAUACAACACCUGGUGAAAGCAGAAAGAAACUAUACACUACAGAUUUAUCCAGAUGAAGGCCAUUUUAUUACAGCUGAAAAAAGCAAGCAUCAUAUGUACAGUGCUAUCCUCAACUUUUUCAGAGAGUGCCUCAAGCAAGAAACACCUAUAUUACAGAAGGAACCAGAGGACGAUGAAUAAAAUCAGAAACUCGUUAAACUGGAAAAAAUAAAGAAAACUCAGUAUACUGAAGACAAAGCUAAUAGUCCAGAACUCUCAGAACCCAGCAUUAAGUACCACUGUUAGUGGAAGUGCAGAAGUACCAGGGCAGCUGCAAGAAAUUCACAGAAACAGCACAUUAGAGAUUAUGAAUCUGAUGACUGGCAAAAAGGAUUUGAAAUUCAUGUGCCAGGUCCAGGAUUAUUUUCAAAGGAACCAUAUUUAAACAAUUUUUGGGAAUACAUUGACCUGUUAGCACAUUUAAACAAAAGUCAGAAUUCCAGUUGUGCAUAUGCAUGUGUAUUUUGUUUGGCUUCACUGCUGUAUAGGUUAAUACUUGUUGAUUGGUAACAACAUUUAAAGAGAACACAUUUAUUUUCUUUUUAACUUUGUAUUGUCACUUGCACAAAAAUUAUGACAUAUAUAUUAUGAUGUGCAUUCUUUUUGUCAGAAACCAGAUAUUGUAGUUUGCAAAUUCAAAACCAUCCAGUUUCCCUGACGUCUCAUUAAUUAAAUAAACAGAAUUUUUAUAAGUCUUUUCAAAAGUAGAAUGUGUUUUCAAAACAUGUGGUAUUGUGUAUUAUGCAUUAGUUUAUCGUUCCCACAUAAGAUAAUCUUGCUUUUGCAAUAUAUCCACUUUAAUUUUAACUAACAAUAUAGCAAUUCCCAAUUUAGUACAGAUCAGGUGAUUAAAGAUCGGAUAUAAUAAGUCUGUUAUUGGCAAAUUGUUACAACUUCCAAUAACCUUUGUGCUUGAGCGAAUUUCUUCAUUCCAUCAAGCUCACUGGAAAUCAGAAUUACAUUUACCAAAUCUUGUUUCAAAAUUCAAAACAAUAAUCAUAAUACAUCAAAUUGCCUCUUUCAAUUUGAUUUUCCCAAUGGGAGCAAUAUUCAGAUACAGGACAUUUCAAUGACUAAUGAUUAAAAUCUCUUUUAAAUACCAUUAUUGAUGUAUCUUCCAGCAUUCAUUAUUAUCAUUACACCUAUAAAUUUCAGCCUUGCUAGAAUGCCCUGGUUUAAAUCUGGAGGGAAAUAAUUCCUGAGGAUUUCUUCUUAUAUGCUGGUUGUCAAAAUAAUUUGAAUUUUGUUAGCCCCAUAUCCACAUCUUAAUGAGUGAACUUAUCCAAAGGGAAUAUGAGAUAACAGUAAGACAUCCAUAAUGAAUUGAGGCAUUGUGUCUUCAAAAUAGUUGCAAAGUCUGCCAUCAUGUGGCCAAAAGCUAAAAGACUUGAAUCUAGCUGAACACUUAACUGAAUAAACAACAAAACUUCCCAUUCCAAUGAUAAAACCUCUUCUGAACAUCUUUGCUAAUGCCAGUUUUAUAGUUGUAAAUAUGUAGAAUAUAAAUAGUUUGUAUAAAAACUUUUAUGAAAAGGUAUUUUAUUUUCUGUUAUUACUAAAUCAAAAAUAGAAGAUGAAAGAGCAAAUUAAUCGCCAACUUUAAGGGCAUUUAAAUGGUCAUUGGAUAAACAAAUGGAUGAUAAUGGAAUAGUGUAGGUUAGAUGGGUUUCAGUUUGGUUUCACAGGUUGGCGCAACAUCGAGGGCCAAAGGUUCUGUACUGUGCUGUAAUGUUCUAUGUUCUGAUUGCUAACUUUAUGUUAUACUCCUUAUUCCACCCUUCCCAAACAUGAUCCUGUUUUGAGAUUCAUAAGAUCACACAAAGGAUACACGUCAAAGGUGUGGAGAUUUAUGGAUAACUAAGUUACCUGAUAUAAUAAUUUUCAAGGAAGCAAGGUUUAAAUAGGUCAUCUUGCUCAUGAUUGAGUAAUACAAAAACAAAAUACUAUCAUGACUUGAUGUGUAUUUGUUGACACUGUGGCUCUGUUAUAUAAAAUUUUAGGAAUUGCUUUAUUUGUAGUUAUGGUAAAACUUAAGUGGUUGAAUGGUAAAAGAUACCUGUAGGGAGAUGCAUGACUGGAAAUAAUAAAAUAGCAAAUACUGCUGUUUUUCUCUUGAA